GAGGCUUUAAGUGAAAGGUGGUGGAAUCGAACUAAGUAUAUAAACUCGGUCCUUCAACUUGGCCAACAUAAAACACACGUAUCUCUGCUAAUCGAAUUAUAUCCAAAAGUUCCGCUAUGAAUCAAAUUAUUUUUUUCUUGGGUCUUAUGGCUUGUAUUUACUCUGUGUCCGCUGGAUACUCUGAAGACGAAGAUCAUGGCCAUUCCACAUAUGAAGAAAAGACGAAACAAGUACAGAUCCCAAUUUACAAAAAAUAUGCUAUACCCAUACCACAUCCGUAUAUUGUAAAAGUACCUCAGGAAAUAAAAGUGCCGAUUCCUCAACCCUAUCAAGUGCAGGUGGAGGUCCCUCACCCCUAUCCUGUUGAAGUAGUGAAACACGUCGAGAUUCCCGUUGAGAAGCCAGAACCUUACAUUGUAGAAAAACAUGUUCCUUACGUUGUAGAAAAGCCAUACGCUGUUUACGUUGAGAAAAAAUUCCCUGUGCCGAUAGCGAAACCGUACCCCGUACAUGUGCCCAUAUACAAGCAUGUUUUCCAUCAUUCUUCUAAAGGAAAAGGAUGGCACUAAACCCUCAAAGUGCGAUUUGAAGGUUUAAAAAGUCUGUCAUCUGUAGCUGUGAAAAAAGGCUUCUUCAUUUUGUAUUGCUAAUCAACUUCUGUUGAGACAAAAGAUCAAAAAAGAAAUGUUACCUUUUUUGUAUGGUUAAAAAAAGUUUGGCUCAGUAUUAUCACUCUGUAGAAAACUAUCUAAUCUGCAGUAUUAUGAUAAAAAUUGGUUUGAUCUUGUUUACAAAAAA